AUGCAACGUCACCACGCCAAGCCAUCGUCAUAGUAGGAUUCGUACGUUCUUAUCCGGUAGUUGCUUUGGUUACUUGCGUAAACAAAUGGCGUCCAAGAUGAUCUGAACAACGCUCGUUUGUUUUGAAGCUAAGGUAACGUUAGUAAACAGAGAUGGAUGACGAGCCAAUUUCUACAACACUUGCAUACACGAAAAGUCCUAAAGCAUCCAGAAGAACAACUUUUCAGGAUGAGCUAAAGAAAGCUGUGUCUGCUAGAGGCAACAGGCAUAGUUACUCUGAUGACUUUGACGAUGGUGAUGAUGAUGAUGAUGACGCAGACAUACUUCAACUCCUUAAAAUACAAAAACAGAAGAAAGAGAGAUUUAAAGCUGCAAAGACAAAAGGCAAAAUCAACAAUUUCAAGCUUUCAGAUGAUGAAGAGGAAAAUACCAAACCCAAAAAAGUAUCUUUUAUGAAAACAAAAAGGACCAGCUCACCUGUGCUCUUUGAUCAGCUGAACACCACAGGAAGUGCAAAUGACCAACCCAGUUCUUUCCAUUCCACACAGUCCAGGAAUACUUCUCAAAGUCCAAGCAAUUAUUACACUCCAGAGAAAAACCAACAGCCAGAUUCCCCCUUUUCCUCUCUAUCUGAUAAGUAUCAACCAGAAUCAACUUCACUCCAGAAGGAUGAACAGUCAAAAUCAGUAACAAAGUUGAGGAAGAGCCUGUCAGAAUCUCCAUUGCCACUAAACUCUGAGAAUAGCCAAUGGGAAUCUUCCGUCCCGCUUGCAUCAGAUGGUUCACAGUGGGACAGUCCUUUGCCAUUGCCUUCAGAAAAAAAUGAGGAUAACCAAAUGAUUGGUGAAGAUGGUGAACUACCCAUUCCUCAACCCAGGGAGAGAAGUGUUAAACCAAAACUCUCCACAGGUUGUCUUUCUCAAGACAUGUCACCCAGACCCAAACCCAGGCAGAGGACAGCAAAUAUGUGUGACAUCGGUCAGUUAGAAGAGGAAACACAAGCAGAGACCACUGCUUGCAGCAGAACAGCCACAUCUUCUAUGUCUAUAGACCUCUCCAACACAUUCUCUACUGAGAAGAGUCAAAUCUCUACCAAUGAUAGUGUUCUGAGUCCAGAUGAAGACCAGACCAUGUCAGAAAAGUCCAAGACACAGUCUUGUUCAACAGCAGAGCAAAUGUCUGAGGUUCCAGCCACUGUAGGCAGUGCUGCCUCAGAAGAGAACAAAGAGAGAAAUUACUCAUCCUUUGAAGAAAAGCAUGAGAGUUCCCAGGGUGAUCUUGACCACACGUCAGCUACACUAAGCCGAAUGUCUAGAAAAUCAACAGACAGACCUUCAAGCUCUCGGUCAUCCAGUUCCAGAAAAUCCAAGUGCUCCUAUACAGCAGAGUCUAAAUACCUGGGAACAUUGAAGCUUUUGGACCAGAGGACACAGGACACCCAAGAGGUUCCAGAAGCAGCAGAUUCACUAAGAGCUGCUGUGUACCAGGAAUGGCUAAAAAAGAAAGAAGAAACUUUAAAAACAAAGAUGAAGGCAAAAAAGCAGGAAGAGAAAUUAAAAGAGGAGAAGAUGCAGGAGGAAAAGCUUGCUAAAAUUGCAGAUGCUAAGGCCUCUUAUGAUGCCUGGAAAGAGAAAAAAAUUGAAGUCAUCAAAAAGAAAGUGAAAGAAAACCAGGAGGAAAUCAGGCAACAACAAAAGGAAAUGGAUAAAAAGCAAGAGAAAAAGGAAACCGCUAAACAGGUUUUUGAGAAGUGGAAAGAGGAACAUGACAGUAUCCUUAAAGACAGAGUAAGGCAAAAGAUACAGACUGAGAGAAGACAGAAACUACAGCAGGUCAAAGAGAAAGAAGAGAAGAAGAUGGACUCCAUCUCUGCAUUCGCUGAAUGGAGUGACCAAAAGAAGGAAGUUAUUGAAAAGAAGAUAAGGGCAGAACGCAGGAAGGAGAAGAUAAAGGAAGUGGAGGAGAAGUAUGAAAUGGAGGAAAAAGAAAAAAUGGCCUUGGAGAUGUAUGAGAAAUGGCUGAAAAGGAAAGAGUUUCAGCAAAAAAGAGAGAGAAAAGAAAAGAGGAUACAGGCUAUUCUUCAAGAUGAGCCCCCUCCACCCUGGAGCCCACCUAAUAAAACUAUCCCAUUUGGAAAAUGAGCGUUAUUUAAUUUUAACCAGUUCUUUGACAUUUGAUAUCAAUACAUUUCAGAAAGACUCAAACAUAAAUAAAUCAAAAUACCUUUAACCCUAUAAAGCCUAUAUUGUAUCAUAUUUGACAAAUAUAAGGCCUUUUAAAUUAUUAACAUGAUAAAAACCUUUACUGAAAAGCAUGUUGUACACAAUAUUCUGUGUGCCUUCUGUCAUCUGAUUGAUAAUUGUUACUUUUAAAGCAAGUUUAAGGCUUUUUACUAUAAUUCUGAAAAUGUCCCCCUUUAUUAGUAUUCAUAAGGUAAACAUAAGAAUUACUAUAAUAUAAAUUUUUCAGUAUGAACACCUACUGGACUGAAGUAACUUGGGUUUAUUUGUUUGUCCAUACAUCAUUUUAUUUUUUUAUUUUUUUUAAAUAAUGCUUUUAAAUUGAUCAAAUAUGAUAGAAAAGGCUUUUGAAGGAUUUUAUUUGUAAAGCUGUCAAUCAUUGUAUUGCAUUGCAUUAUAUGUUUUGCCCCCACAAUAAAAUUGACAGAGCUUUAAUGAUAAAACCUACAAAACAUUCAAAUACCCUCUUACUAAGACAUUUUUAUUGGGCGAUAUAGAUUGGUAACUGAUAUUAAUGUGCAUUUUAUAUAAGCAAAUAUCUGUUGUUAUACUCUUUGGCCAUAUAUAAAUAAAGUAUCAGCAACUGCACAAAAUUGCAUAUUUUUCCUCAGUAUGGGCAUUUUAAUAAAAUUGAGGUGUUUUUUCUCCUCAACUAUGUGUUCCAUACUGUCCUAUAUCAUACUAUAUGAGCCA